CGGCAUGCUGCCUACUCCGUAGCUCCUCCAUCGUCCCUGUGCAGAGACGCUUAUACCAAGUAGUCACAGUCCCAUCACAAUUAAGCCAUUGUUGACUGCACCCGGUAUCCGUCAGUCCACAUCAUUCUACCGUCACAGCCGCCGCAGUCACUCCCUGCGUUUGGCCUUUGGAUAACAAAACAAUCCCAUCAUCUGUUGCAGACGCUCGGACCUCGACUCCAGUUGAUCAUCUUUAUUCCUACGCCGACGUCAGCAUCAUCAGAGUAUCGACUCCUGCCACCAUCCACCUGACAUGCAGACAUGGUAUUGCUUGAGAAGCAAUGGGUGAAUGUUCAGGAGAAGACCUUUACAAAAUGGCUCAACAACAAGAUAUCUUCUCGAGAAGUAGCGGUGAAAUCAUUAGUCACCGACCUCUCGGACGGCAUCAUCCUCAUCCAUUUACUCGAAGUCCUCAGUAACGAGUCCCUGGGCCGUUAUGCAUCCAACCCCAGGCUCCGCGUCCAAAAGUUUGAAAAUGUCAACAAGUCACUUGAAUUCAUCAAGAGUCGGGGAAUCCAGAUGACCAAUAUCGGCGCCGAAGAUGUGGUCGAUGGCAACAGAAAGAUCAUCCUCGGGCUGAUCUGGACGCUCAUCCUGCGGUUCACGAUUUCCGACAUUAGCGAAGAAGGCAUGACUGCCAAGGAGGGUCUGCUGUUGUGGUGUCAACGGAAAACGGCGUGCUAUGAGGGGGUAGAAGUUAGAGAUUUCUCUGCCUCAUGGAACGACGGCCUGGCCUUUUGUGCUCUGCUCGAUAUUCAUCGACCCGAUCUGAUCGAUUUUGAUACCUUGGAUAAAUCAGAUCACAAGGGCAAUAUGCAGCUGGCUUUUGACAUUGCAACGAAAGAGAUUGGAAUUCCAGACCUGCUUGAUGUGGAAGAUGUUGCCGAUGUUGCACGGCCUGAUGAACGGUCGCUCAUGACGUAUAUUGCGUACUGGUUCCACGCUUUCAGUGCCAUGGAGAGGGUUGAAAACGCAGGACGGCGGGUAGAAAAGUUUGUCAGCAACAUGCAAGGCGCGUGGGAGAUGGAGUCGGCGUAUGAAAAGAGGAUGAGAGCGUUGUUGCAAAACAUCAGGCAUCAACGCCAGGCCUGGCGAGAGUCGACGUUUCAAGGGACGUAUUCUGACGCCAAAGCACAGGCCAACGAGAUUUCAGGAUUCAAGCGUAAUCAGAAGCGCAAAUGGGUGGCCGAGAAAUCCGACCUGGCAGCACUACUGGGCAAUAUCAAGACCAAGCUAUCCACGUAUCGACUACGACCAUAUGUGCCCAAACCGGAACUUCGACUCGAGGUGUUGGACCAAGAAUGGGCUGCCUUGGGAACGGACGAACACGCCAGAAGCAAACUGAUCAACGAGACGAUUCGAGAUAUCAAGAACGCGCUCCGACGAAACUUUGCAGACAAAGCCAAUGACUUUGCCCUGACGCUCAACACGUUGUCACUGGCUAUUUCCGGAUUAGAGGGCGAUGUGGAAGACCAGCUGCAACACGCACAGAGACUGUCGGCCAACUUGUCGCCAUUGGAACAAUACCUGGAAGGAAUAGCUAUCCUGGAUGAAAAGUGCCAAGAAGCCAACAUCGACGAGAAUGAUUGGACGACAUAUACAUACGACGAAUUGUUGUACGAGUUGAGCUUGGUCAAGGCCAGCGUGCAGAAGAAGUUGACUUUUUUGGAAAACCAAAUGGUGGCUCGAGACAUGACGAACCUGACACCAAUUCAGCUGGAAGAAUUCGAGUCAGUGUUCCGUCACUUUGACCGAGACGGCACCAACUCGUUGCAAGAACUGGAAUUCAGCGCCGCGUUGGCAAGUCUUGGGCUGGUGUACGAUGAAGAGGAAAUGCAUGGCAAGUUCCUUGAAGUUUGCCACAGUGGACUCGAUGGAUCCAUGUCUCCAGUGUCACGUCGGCAGCGGGAGGCUCGAGGAGUGGGAUUUGAACAAUUUAUCAGGUUCAUGGUGUCGGUGACAGAAGAUCAGAAUGAUGCAGACCAAGUGUUCCAGUCCUUCCGAGAAGUUGCAGACGGCAAGCCGUAUGUGACGGAAAUGGAUUUGAGACAUUCACUGAUCCCUGACGAUCUGAUCGAAGACUUACUUCAGAGUAUGCCAACACAUCGAGGGCCAGACAUGGAAGCCGAUCGAGACGUGCCUAAGUACGACUACAUCAGCUUCAUGCAGCACAUGAUUGGAGAUGGCACGGGUGAAAGUGACAGCGAAAGCGAACAUUCACGGACCAGGGUCAAUGGUGUCUGAUUUAGCAUGUGUACCAAGACCAGGCAAGAGUUGAGUUGAGUUGAGUUGAAUUUGUGCAGCUGGCUCGGAUUAGCUAUGGGGCUUUCUUUGGUCGGUCAAAGUGGUUUUUACGGUCUGGAUGUUUCUGGGUUUCUGCACAGCAACGGUGUUGGAAGAAACAGCGAGCCAACCUUGUCGAUGUUGAGUUGGGCUGUAUUGAGCGACAGCGAAAGCAUGCAUUCAAUUUGGUAAACCAAUCAAGUCUGCAAGAGAAGAAUUGAAUUGGACAAUGCAAUGAAUGAUCAUGGGAUGAUGACUUGAUGAGUAGAUUAGUUGGGGGAAGGUCCUUUUGGGCAGAGUAGUAGAGGAGUGUGUGUGUAUCAUUGUGGGAUACAUUAAUUAAUUACAACAGGGUCUGAA